UACAGGCGGCGCUUUGUUUCAGUUACAGACACCCACCCGUGACCGACACACGCGAUCGACUCGCCGCGCAGCUUUUUCCGUUACAAUCUCGACGCGUCCCAUUGAAUGUAACGGAAACGAACGGGUUUGAUUCGGGAUGAAUGGAUUUAUCACUGCUGGAGAGUAAAGGAGUGGAUUUAUUGGGUGCGUUUUCGUCUUCGAUGGGUUGAUCCCGCCCGCCUCUGCCGCAUUCCUGAUGAAUAUGAGCGCUUCAGUAUUCCUGUCAGGAUGAGUGUGUUUAAUGCCGUUUUCCACACGAGUGCUUCAUAAACAGACGCGUGUCCUGCACAAAGACAUUCGCAAACACACAGCCGCUUCAUUCCUUCAAGAUGGAGAAGAUGGAGAAUGAAGUUUUUACGCCUUUGUUGGAGGAAUUUCUGCUCUCUCCUCUAGUGUGCUGGGUGAAGACUGUGUCUCGUCCGCGCAGUGACGGAUCUCAUCUGUCGGAGUUUAUGACAUUAGUGGACGGAGCUUAUUUGAACGACAUCAUGAUUCAGAUAAAUCCAAAGUCAAGUGUUCAGAGAACUCAUAAGAAAGUGAAUAAUGACCCGACACUGCGGAUUCAGAAUCUCUCCAUUCUCAUCCAACAAAUCAAAUCAUAUUAUCAGGAGACAUUGCAGCAGCUGGUGAUGAUGUCACUUCCUGAUGUCCUGGUGUUGGGCAGAACUCCACUGAGCGAACAAGCUCUCGAAGAGAUGAGGAAGUUAUUACUGCUGUUAUUGGGCUGUGCUGUACAGUGUGACAGGAAGGAGGAAUACAUCGACAGGAUACAGACGCUGCUGGACUUUGACACAAAGGCUGCCAUCGCUGCUCACAUUCAAGAGGUGACUCAUAACCAGGAGAAUGUGUUGGAUCUUCAGUGUCUGGAUGAGGGUGAGUGUGUGUCGCAGGAUAAAGACACACUCCUGAAACACGUGAGCUUUCACCUCAAACGUCUCGUAGACGAGAGAGACCAACACGCUGAGACAAUUGUGUCUUUGACUCUGGAGCGGGACUGUGGGCACAUCUCUCCAGCACUUCAUGUCGCCCCGUUACCCGGCGAGUCGCCCAGCAUAAGACGCACAGAGAGCAUCCAGCAUCUGUCUGUAGAGCUCGCUGACGCCAAAGCUAAGAUCAGACGCCUGCGACAGGAGCUAGAGGAGAAAACUGAGCAGCUACAGGACUGCAGACAAGAGCUGGACAACAUGCAGACGGAAGUCAAGAGACUGCAGCAAGAAAACUUACAGUUGAUGACUGAUGCGCGUUCGUUGCGGGCGUAUCGUGACGAGCUGGACGCACUGAGAGAGAAGGCUAUCAGAGUGGACAAAUUGGAGAGUGAAGUGAUGCGCUACAAAGAGAAACUGCACGACAUCGAGUUCUACAGGACCAGAGUCGAGGAGUUGAAAGAAGACAAUCAUGUUCUACUAGAGACCAAGAUCAUGCUGGAAGAUCAAUUGGAGUCAUUCAGAGCUCGAUCUGAUAAACUUCAUGAGCUGGAGAAGGAAAACCUGCAGCUGAAGAACAAAAUCCACGACAUGGAGAUGGAGAGAGACAUAGAGAGAAAGCGUAUGGAGGAGCUGCUGGAGGAGAACCUGAUGCUAGAGAUGGCCCAGAAACAGAGUAUGGAUGAGUCUCUGCAUCUGGGCUGGGAAUUAGAGCAACUUUCCAAAACCACACCUGAACUCACUGAAGUGCCUCAGAAGUCUCUGGGUCAUGAAGUGAAUGAACUGACAUCCAGUCAGCUGCUCAAACUGGAGAAAGAGAAUCAGAUGCUGAUGAGGAUGCUGGAGGAGAUGAGGACUUGCAAUGAGAGCAAAAGUCUGGAGAAAGACAAUUAUAAACUCAGACAGAAGCUGCAGCAGCUGCAGACGGAGCUGACUUCAGACAGAGAGAGUCUGCGCAGGUCUGAGAGUCUGAGUGCAGACCUGCUGAAAGAGAAGGCGCAGCUGGAGAAAACACUAGAAACACUUAGAGAAAAUGCAGACAGACAGGUGAAGGGUCUAGAACAGGAGAAUGAACAUCUCAACCAGACUAUCACCUCUCUUAGACAGCGCUCUCAGGUCAGCUCUGAAGCCCGCGUGAAAGACAUCGAGAAAGAAAACCGUGUGCUGCAUGAGUCCAUUAAAGAAACCAGCAGCAAGCUUAACAAGAUGGAGUUUGAGCGGAAACAACUGCGCCAAGACCUUGAGCACUACAAGGAGAAAGGAGAAAGAGCUGAAGAGUUAGAGAUGGAGGUGCAUCGACUGGAGCGAGAGAAGGAGAGUCUGCAGAAGCGACUUGCCACACUUGCCAUUACCUGUGAGAAGGUAGAGGUUCUAGAGAAGGAGAACGCUGACCUAGAAGCAGAGAGCCGGAAACUGAAGAAAGCAGCAGAUGGUCUGAGGAACUUAUCUUUCCAAUUGGAGGUCCUGGAGAAAGAGAAUGCUCAGCUUGACGAGGAAAACCUGGAGCUCAGGCGAUUCACCGAGUCCUUACGGUCAACGGGAGCCAAAGCUGCUCAACUGGAGCUGGAGAAUAGAGAGCUUGAGAAUGAGAGAACUCAACUCAGAAAGAGUCUUGAGCUGCUGAAGGCAUCCUCCAAAAAAACGGAACGCCUAGAAGUAAGUUACCAAGGUCUAGAUAUAGAAAACCAAAGGCUCAAGAAGGUCUUGGAGAACAGCAGCCGCAAGAUUCAUCAGCUGGAGGGAGAAUUACAGGAAAUGGAGACUGAGAACCAGAACCUGCAGCAGAGCCUUGAAGAGCUGAAGAUUUCCAGCAAAGGUCUUGAGCAGCUGGCGCAGGAGAACAAUGUUCUAGAGCAAGAGAACACUCAGUUGGAGAAAGACAAGAAACAGCUUGAGAAAGAGAACAAACGCCUUAGACAGCAGGCCGAAAUUAAAGACUCUAAAUUAGAUGAAGACAACCUGCGUAUCUCUCAUCUGGAGAAGGAGAACCGCGCUCUCAGCAAGGAAGUCACCACACUCAAAGAGACAUGUGGUCGCAUUAAAGACUUGGAAAAGGACAACAAGGAAUUGGUCAAACAAGCUUCCAUUGAUAAAAAGACACUGGUCACUCUUAGAGAGGAGCUGGUUGAUGAGAAAUUAAAGACUCAGCAGAUUAACAAUGACCUGGAGAAAUUGACCCAUGAGCUUGAAAAGAUAGGUCUUAACAAAGAAGGUCUUCUGGGUGGUGAGGAGAGCUCUGAUGACAGGUUUAAGCUUUUAGAGUCUAAACUGGAAUCCACUCUGAAAUCUUCUCUGGAAAUCAAAGCGGAGAAGAUCGCUGCUCUAGAAGCACGACUACAGGAGUCUUUCAACCUCAACCAGCAGCUACGGCAGGAACUCAAAACGGUGAAGAAGAAUUAUGAGGCGUUGCGUCAGCGUCAAGAGGAGGAGUGUAUGGUUCAGAGCUCACCCUGUAGAGGACGGGAGGACGCACAGAGCGUCAGCAAAUGGGCGAAGGAGAGUCAGGACGCCACGCGAGAGCUGCUGAAGGUUAAAGAUCGACUCAUUGAGGUUGAGAGAAACAAUGCCACUCUUCAGGCGGAGAAACAGGCUCUGCGGACACAGUUAAAGCAGCUGGAGACUCAGAGCAGUAAUUUACAGGCGCAAAUCUUAGCUCUACAGAGACAGACUGCAUCCAUACAGGAGAACAACACCACAUUGCAAACACAGAACGCCAAACUACAGGUGGAGAACUCCACCCUGAACUCUCAGAGUGCCGCGCUCAUGUCCCAGAAUACUCAGCUGCAGACACAUCAGUCUAGCACAGAGAGCGAGAGAGACGCAGCACUGCGAGAGAAAGAAGAACUGCGCACAGUCUACGAUCUGCUGCUGCACGACCACGAGAAACUGUCCAACCUCCACGACAGACAGGCAUCAGAGUACGAGGAUCUGAUCGGCAAACAUGGAGAGCUGAAGAGUGCUCAUAAGAGCCUUGAUGUGCAGCACCGCAGCCUGGACAACAGGUAUAACACACAUUACAGGUACAAUCAGCUGUUAAAGCAGAAGACUGAGCUGGAGCAGCUGGAGAAGGAACUCAAAUCAGAGCGAGAGAAGAUGAUCUCAGAGAACAAGAGACAUCAGGAAACGGCUGCAGAAUACCACAAACUUAAAGAGGAACACCACACGCUGAACUCUACGUACCAUCAACUGCUGAAGGACAAUGAGCUUCUGCAGAUGGAUCAUAAGGCCCUCAAGAGUCAGGUGAACACAGCCCGACUGGAGCAGACCCGUCUGGAGGCAGAGUUCUCCAAACUCAAAGAACAGUACCAACAACUGGACAUCACCUCCACCAAACUCACCAACCAGUGCGAGUUGUUGAGUCAGUUAAAGGGGAACCUAGAGGAGGAGAACCGCCAUCUGCUGGAUCAGAUCCAAACCCUGAUGCUGCAGAACCGAACCCUGCUGGAGCAGACUAUGGAGAGCAAAGACCUGUUCCACGUUGAGCAGAGACAAUACAUUGACAAACUGAAUGAACUGAGGAGACAGAAAGAGAAACUUGAGGAGAAGAUCAUGGACCAGUAUAAAUUUUAUGACCCAUCACCUCCUCGAAGGAGGGGGAACUGGAUCACACUAAAGAUGAGGAAACUCAUCAAGCCAAAGAGUCGCGAGCGCAUGCGCUCUCUCACACAAACGCCGUCACGCUCCGAGUCCAGCGAGGGUUUCCUGACAUUGCCUCAUCCGGACAGUCAGGACAACUCAUCCGUGGGCUCUGGAUCCAACUCACUGGAGGAUACGGUCACCCAACGCAGCGGCAGAAAGAAAGUUGAGAAAAGCCAAUCGCAGGCUUCCUCUAACGCACUGAAAAAGCUUCCGUUUAUGAGGAACAGAUCCAAGGAGAAAGAUCGAAUGAAGGCUAUCUACCGCCGCUCCAUGUCGAUGAACGACCUGCUGCAGACGAUGGCGUUGUCUGAGGGUCAGUGGUCCAGCAGUAUUGAUCAUCUAGAAGCUCCUGACGAGAUGACAAUCGGCGCUCAGCAUGGGCAAGAGUUCGGUUCCAUGGACUAUUCCAGCACCGCUGCUGAAUACGCCACCCUAAACCUGACCCGUGGCCGCAGAGCUCAACACAACACCAAUGAGAGAGAUAAUGCAUCAAGUGAUGACAUCACACCUUUGUCCUCAGAGGAGUCCAGUGUGCUACGAGCUCAGGGUGUGAUGAAUGGCGCUGUGAGUCGUCCUCACAGUGAGAGCAGCGGUGAUGUCAGUCUGAGUUUAGACUCUCCAUUGAGGCAGACGCCAUCACAGCCAAGUGCACAGGACUACACUGCUGCCAACAAACGCAGGACUAAAUCUGCCGGCAGUGAGACAGUUUCACUGCAGCACAGAGACGAGAGCUCAGACCCUCAAGAGGAUGCUCUCACAGCAGCACAAUCACUGCGUCUGUCAGGAGCCACACCGCAACCAUCCAGAGAGCAUGUAAAGGGGCGGGGCAUCUUACGCUCGGCCAGCGGGAAAGCCAUGACGGCAGAUUCCAGCGGCGCAAGAGCCAGCCAAACGGGACGUCCAAGUCUGCGCAAGGCAGAGAGUACACGGGUCAAGGGUUCGGACCCGCCCCGAUCCAGCCUGUCAUCCCUGGCUAAAGCCACAUCUGUAUCCGAACAGCUGGACGUGUCCUCAUCUUCUGGUCUGCCUCGUGCCAGCAGCGUCAUCUCCACCGCCGAGGGCUCCGUCCGCCGGACCAGCAUCCACGACCUGCUGUCCAAAGACAGCCGUCAGCCCGUGCUGGUGGACCCCGUGCCCUCAUCCCGUGAGUACGGCUCUGUUUCCACCGCACCCGCUCCUAACACAGCCCUGCCCAAGUCCGCUAGUGAACCCUGCAGCAUAGAGGAGCCUGAGCUGGCCAGUCUGCAGGCGUUUCUAGGCCCCUCCUUCACCGUAGAUUCCUUUUUCCUGGACUCCAUCUUUAGUGAGCCCGCGCUGAAGUGCGACAAUAGAAACCAGAACAUCCUGUCGCUCAACACGUCUCUCGUUAGCAACAUUAGCGGCCCCCCCCAUAAACCCCCUCAAAACAAAUCCAGAGGUCAGAGUUCAGCCCCGCCCGAUGACGCUGAACCUGAAGAUGCUCACUUGCUGUGGUAUGAGUACGGCUGCGUUUAAAUCACCCGCAUGAACACUGCAGUCACUCCCUCCGCUCAUUUGCUUCCUUCCUGUCUGACUGAUGGCUGCCUGUGACCUUUGACCCUUUCGGGAUCUUCCUGUUUCUAACUGACCAAUUAUUCGACCACGUGUCUGCAUGAGUUUUGUAAUCGUUGUUGGUGGCUGUUUUGUAAGUCAUGUUUAUUGCAAUUAUUCUCUUGGUAACACACUGAAGAAUUUGUUACAAUUUUAAUAAUUGAUGUCACAUCAUCAUCACCUGGUGUGUGCUGUAUUUUUGGAGAAUGUCGGCACAGUUAGCAGAAGCUAAUCUACUUUGAUAUUUAUGAAACGAGGCUUGUAGAACGAGUCCCAUGAUGCCCGAGUGUGUGGAACGACCUGCUCCAUUCCUUUAUUUUAUUAUUGAAGUGACACGACUGCAGCUUUUCCUGCCGGAUGUUCACAGGACAUUUGUUUAUUUUUAUGUUUGUGUGUUUAAUUGUGAAAAUCUUGGUGAAAUGCUUGCAUGGCUUUCCCCCUCACCUUCAAUCCUUAAGCUUGAUUUUGAUCAGUCUGAUCAAAAUGAGCAUUUACCAGAAUAUGUCUUGUGUUUGUUUCUUUGUAUCUUUGUUAAUGUAUAAUCUGUGCUGUACACAUCAUGAAUGCGGUCAAACCUGUGAUGUCAUAGAUUCAUGAACCUCCCAAUUCUAUACAGGUUAAACAAGAUUUAUCAACCGCAUACUGAUUCUGCAUUAUAUUUAACGUGUUUAUAUAAGGAUGGUUGUUUUGUGUCAUUCAGUUGAAUUAUGACAUGCUUUUGUUCUGCAGAUGUGGGAGUGUUACAGGAAAACAGGAAAUCUAAAAGCAGAGCUUCCGCUCAGAGCUCGUAAUGAACACCGUGAGUAUGCAGAAAUACAAGUCACAAACCACCCAUGAUGACUUUGUGCUGUCCCAUUUGUGUGCACACACUCAGGAAACGCUGCCAUCUGAAUAAUUCAGGAUUUUUGUUUUAUACUUUGUCAUUUCAUUUGAAAAUGUUACUCCUAAACGUUCAAGAAAAGUGGGCAUUAAAAAGUGUUGUUUCCUUGCACGUAUCAGUAUAUAUAUAUAUAUAUAUAUAUAUAUAUAUAUAUAUAUAUAUAUAUAUAUAUAUAUAUAUAUAAAACUUGUUAAAAUGUGUACACUGUCUGGUUUAAAAAUAUAAUAAAACAUACAAAACAAAUACAGACUUGUUUUGAACACAGGACUCUUAAAGCACUUAAAACAUUAAUCAGACCUCUCUGCCAACCAUGCAGUCAUUUUUAUAAGUAAUUUUUUUAUGUUAUUUGUUAUUAAAUUGUUUAAUUUGUAUGCAUCUUCUAAUUUUACUUUAUCAUUAAUUGUUAUUGUAUUAUUGCUACACAUUCAGGCACUGUUCAUCUAUCUUUAUUUGGAAGUUUAGAAUUAAUUUACUUAUUAUAUAAACAAUAACAAAUAAUAAAUCGCACACUACAAUUAGGGCUGUCAAUUUAAUCAGAUAACAAAAAAAUUAACUCAGUUACUCAUACCCUCUCACUCGUACAUAAAUUCCAUAAUAUAUGAUUGUCCUACAAUCGGAGCAAUUCAAGCUUAGAAGCAACUAACACAAACUAAUAAAACAAAUGCGGGCAACACACCACACUUACCGAGAGCAGGAGCCAUUCACACGUGAUGCAUUCUUGAGUCCAAAACCAGCUGGACAGAGUGCAACAGAAUGUAGAUGUCUCCAAACACGUUUUUAAAAGUUGAACUUUUAAAAUAUAAAUAUUAGUAAUUGUAUUCUGCUACAGUUACAAUUGAAAUAGUUGGUAAUCAGAAUACAUUUACUUUCAAAAAGUAUUUUGAUUACUGAAGAGUCAGCUGCAUUUUUAUUUUCAUUUGAUACAGUAUUUAGCCUAUUCAGUUUGAAAACAUUUCUCCAUCUAAAUGAUGCGAUCUGAGGGGUGUUUGAACAGCAGAGAAAUGCUUUCUUAAGAUGCGUUACAUUCAUGUAAGUGGACAGAGGUCACUCUCACUCUUGCUGCGUCUGUACAUCUAUAUUUCCCUACUUUAUAGUAUGCCAAAAACAGUAUGCCAGUGGACUAGUCCGAAUCCUCUGUAUUUAUACAACAGUAAGCGAGAAAUACCUGGAUGACCUACUAUUUCUGGCAAGAUUCUGAAAUGCGGAUUGACUGGACUCUUUACUAUCCCAUAAUCCCUCGGGAGCAGAGGCGAUGUUCAAAAGCUGGAUUUAAAAGAACGAAGGUGAACCGUGAGUCGGAUAGCUCUAUUCAACUGUAAGUGAUAUAUAUACCAAGAAAGUUGUUCACUGUGCUUAAAUGGUGCUUGUUUAACAACAACGGAGUUGAUUAUUUUCGUAGUUGUUCUUACAUCAUAUAUAUAUAUUCUGGUCAAUAUCAUGUCCCCAGAUGAAGUAUGUUCGAAAUGUAUUCAUUCUAAUCACAUGCAUACCUAAAGAACGCACUGUUUUACCCGCCGAGAAGUGCGUCCUUCAUCAUAUUAAGUACAUACUGUGACAGUACGCAAUUUCAGACACAGGGACUGUUCCGAGUGAAAAGGUGGAUAUAACUUGGUGGAACUUUCCCUCUGAGAGCUUAUAAUCCAUAAAUGAUCGGAAAAAGAUGUGGUUGUGUUUACUCUGCGGGGGUUUGAAGUAAGUUUGAGGCAGCAGAAAACUUAACCUCAUGUAAAUUGUUAUGUGAACAUUGAACUUUAUGUUAAGCAAAAAUGCUGUUUCUAGCCCUUAUAUAUGCACCUUUUAUUAGGCACAAUUAUACUUUUUCUAUCAAGAAAAUCCACAAUAGUCCUUUGUUUCAAGAAAGACCUUUGAUAUUAGUGCAAAGAUGUACUGCAACAAUCUUAUUCUUGAUGAAAAUAUUUAAAGGAAAAUACAAAUAUAUCUAAAAAUCCUCAAAAGAAGAUACAUUUAGUUUAUGUUGUUUUAGAAACAACACUGCAUAAGAUAUUUAGGCUUUAUAAGUGUAUUUUUUCUUUCUGUAUUGGCAAAUUUCACUUGUUCUUAACUUGUUUAUAGUCAAAACAAGUGAAAAAAAAGUUGUGCUGAAGAAGUAAUCCAACGUAUUUCAAUUGCGUUACUUACCUUGAGAAAUCUAACGAAAUAUGUUACAAAUUACACUUUACUGCAGGUAUUCCACUACAGACUAAAUUUUUUUAAAAGUAACCCUCCCAACCCUGAAAACAAUGAAAAAUAGCAAAGAACACAACACAGCCUUUGUGAACAGCCCCUAAGAAAUGCAAAAUGUAUUACUGUGACAGUAGACCAUUGAUAGCCUUAGAAUUCAGUAUAUUAUUACAUUUUCAAAUAUUAGCCUAAGGCUUUUUGUACUUUUUUAAUGUCUAUUUAAUUAUUUUAUCUGCCACAAUAAUGUCAUCAUGUCUUUGGGUUAUCUUUAUUUUAAUUCAAUUAAUCAGCACAUGUAAUUCAUUUGAUGAGAAUGUGUAGUCAAUAGAAAGACCUAAUUUUAACUGAAAAAGUAUUUUGAAUAUUGAAGGAAUAUUCUGGGUUCAAUACAAUUUAAGCUCAAUCAACAGCAUUUGUGGCAUAAUGUUGAUUACCACAAAAAUGUAUUUCGACUCAUCCGUCUUUUUCUUUAGAAAAAGCACAAAUCUGUGUUCCAGUGAGACACUUAUAAUGGAAGUGAAUGGGGCCAAGUUUUGGUGGGUUUAAAGACAGAAAUGUGAAGCUUAUAAUUUUAUAAAAGCACUUAAAAUAAUUCUAUGUUAAAACUCAUGUAUUAUUUGUUAAUACAUCCAAAAGUGUCAUAAAAGUCCAUGUGACUCCUAUGUCUUCUGAAGGCAUACAACCAAUUUGUUUGAUGAACAGACCGUAAUUUAAGUUGUCAUCAUGUUUGGUCACGAGACGCACAGCAAAUGAUUUCCUUCUGUUUUCUAAUGAAGAAAGAAGUUUGGAAGGGCAUGAUGACAUCAUUUUAAAUUCAUGAGGUUAACUAUCCCUUUAAAGGGGUCAUGAAAUGCUCUUUUUUUAUUUCGUUUUAUUAUCUCCCCUGAGGUCCACUGAUAUUUUUUUUAUUUUAUUUUUUUUUUGCAUUAAAACAGUCAUAAUUUAGUAAUAUAUGAUCAUUUUCCACCCCGUUUUUGGCCCUCUGUCUGAAACGCUCGGUUUUGGUAUCCACCGGUUGUUGACUGGAUUGUGAAAAGUGAGCAUACCGGAAUGGAGGCAGAUCUUAAUGUGAGUUUGCUCACUUUCACAGUGCUGCUCAAGCCAUUGAGAAAUGAGCAAGUAAAAGAUUUCAACAUUUAAACUUUUUGAAUCACAAUACACUAAAUAUAAAAUUUGCUCAUGCUGUACAUCCCAAGAUAUCUGCAUUUAAAAAUAUGAAUAAACUCCAGACACAUCUGAGUCGCGUUGUAUUCAGUAGUGAUCACCUCUGGAAGAACACAACCGCAAAUUUGAUAUUAUUCCUCCUUCCAAAUUUAAAUUCAAGCCAGCAGGCCUGUAACUAAUGUAGUUUGGGGUAGGGAACAAGGUUUUGAGAGGAAACGGUGGAAAAUAAACCUCUUCAUCGCUGCAUUAGCUGCUUUGACGCCAGGUUUAUUUACAUGACAGGCUCUUGAAGGGCUGGGUUAAAACGGACUAAAACCUUGGCUUAAUUGCAGCGCAGCCUUGCAUAUGUCAGCAGAGAAGAGUCAGUCCGAUCACUGGAAGAGCAAGUUAUGGCAUUUUGAUUAAAUAUUAUGAGGUCAAAUUUUUUUUAAAAUAUAAAAUAGCAAAUUUGCAUGGAUGAAUCAUUCACAAUAAGACUAGUAACAUCCGUUAAUAUAAUAAAUAGGGUCAAUUUUGAUUCCAUGUAACCUUAAUAAUGUCAGAAAGUUCAAAGGAUUACUUUUAAAGGAUAUGUUGCAACGAAGGACAAACAAGUAAUGCAUAAAACCUUUUAGAAAAACUACAUCGUGUAAGCCUGAUAUUUUCAAUUUUAACAAAAGUAGAACUGGAACUGUUGAAUGGCUUUAAAUUCCAAUGACAAACCAUUUUUUUCUUCAAUCUCUACCACAUCUAUUCAACUACUAAGUUCUGCAGACACUAAUGGCAGUGUUUCCUGAGAAUAAUUCAGUAGGAUGUCACAGGUUUGUUUCUCCGCUCGUGUCUCUAUGUGUAUAAUCUUGGUUUUUUACUUCUGUCUGUUCUCA